AUGAAGGAAAUUGGAGAAGAAAUGACAGUUAUUCGAGAACAGCGCGUCAGGAUUGACAGAAGCGAAGUUGAAGGUGAAGGCGUUUUCCCAAACCCAAGCGCACCACCUGCCAGCUGUCCAGAAGUAGCAUUACCUGACAGCCAAGAUAAUCUUGAGGUAACAUCUGAAGUAUCAGAAGGCUGUGUGGACAUUUGUUGUGGGUGUGACAGUCGGUAUAAGUGGUACGAUGAAGAAGGAAAAGGUUUGUGCUGCCUUUUCCUGUUCCAUUUUCCAUUUUUGGUGAUAUUCUUGUCCAUACUUGCUGCAAUCACGUAUUUUCUGUAUUGGUAUAUCAUCGAUUGA